CUGAACAGACAGUGGCAACCAAUGAGUAGAUCUAGUACUGGAAGGAGUUUUGCAAACAGAGGUUUUCAAGAAAGGAAAUUUGUAGAAGAUUCUACUACACAAAACAGAUGUCUUUGGGGAUUUCCUGGUGCCUUUGGACAAAGUGAGAGUUUUCGAGAAAGAAAAUUUGUAGAAGGUUCUACUACACAAAAUAGAGGUUUUCGGGGAUUUCCUGGUGCCAUUGGACAAAGAGAGAGUGUUAAAGACGAGCAAAGAGACAGACGUCAGGUGCGUGUGUUUCCUGGCUCUAGAGGAAGAGGAGCAUUAGGAGGUCAUGCAGCAGCUUCUGAAGAAUGCCAAGGAGCAACAGGUUCUGAAAAAGUUCCAAAGGUGACUUAUGUGCCCCCGCCUCCACCUGAUGAUGAACAAGCUAUCUUUGCACAUUAUCAGAAGGGAAUUAAUUUUGACAAGUAUGAUGACAGUAUCGUUGAAGUGUCAGGACUUAACCCUCCAGCACCAUUACUGACUUUUGAAGAUGCUAACCUUUGUCACACUUUAAACAUGAACAUUGCUAAAGCUGGAUACUCUAAACUUACUCCAGUGCAGAAAUACAGCAUUCCUAUUAUACUGGCAGGACGGGAUUUAAUGGCAUGUGCCCAGACAGGAUCUGGAAAAACUGCAGCUUUUCUUAUACCAAUUGUGGCCCACAUGAUAAGAGAUGGUGUAGCUGCCAGUUGCUCUAAAGACCAGCAAGAACCAGAAUGUAUUAUUAUCGCACCAACGAGAGAACUGAUAAAUCAGAUCUUUCUAGAAGCAAGGAAAUUUUUGUAUGGAACUUAUAUAAGGCCUGUUGUGAUCUAUGGAGGUACAAAAACAAGCCAUUCAAUUCGUCAGGUAAUGCAGGGCUGUAAUAUACUAUGUGCCACUCCAGGAAGGCUUCUAGACAUCAUUGGAAGAGAGAAGAUUGGUUUGCAUAAUGUGAGGUAUUUGGUGCUGGAUGAAGCGGACCGCAUGCUUGAUAUGGGUUUUGGUUUAGAUAUGAAGAAGCUGAUUUCUUACCCAACCAUGCCAUCAAAAGACAGACGUCAAACACUAAUGUUCAGUGCUACUUUUCCUGAAGAAGUUCGGAGGCUGGUUGGCGAUUUUUUGAAACGUGAUUACUUAUUUGUUGUUGUUGGACGUGUGGGUGGAGCUUGCAGUGAUGUUCAGCAAAAUGUUCUUCAAGUUCCUCAGUAUUCCAAGAGGGAUAAGCUGAUAGAAAUUCUACAAAGCACAGGUAAUGAACGAACCAUGGUCUUUGUGGACAAAAAGAAAAAAGCAGACUACAUUUCAGCCUUUCUUUGUCAAGAACGAAUACGAGCCACUAGCAUCCAUGGAGACAGAGAACAGAGAGAGAGAGAAGCAGCUCUUCAGGAUUUUCGUUCUGGAAAAUGUUCAGUUCUCGUGGCAACUUCAGUGGCAGCAAGAGGUCUGGAUAUUGAAAACGUUAAAUAUGUUAUUAAUUUUGAUCUUCCUCCCACCAUUGAAGAAUAUGUACACCGAAUUGGACGAACUGGUCGUUGUGGAAAUACAGGCAAAGCAGUCUGCUUCUUUGAUGAAAGUACAGAUGGCCAUCUUGCACAGUCUCUAGUAAAAGUGCUUUCAGAAGCCCAGCAGGAAGUUCCUGUUUGGUUGGAAGAAAUUGCUCUUAGUUAUCAAGGAAGAAGAGUCUUUACACCAUUUAAUACCAAAAAGAAUUACAGAGGCAGAGGCUACAUGAACCCAAGAGGAGUGAAGAUGUUGCAUUCUGCAAGUGUGUUUGAUUCAUGGGCGUAAAACUACUUUAGUACCAAACUAGACUAUAUUCACUUGUGCUUGAAGUGAACUGUUGCACUUAACGUUCCUUACUGUUCAGCUUAUGGGACACUUAAUUUUUUAAAGAUUAGCUUGUAUCAUAUGCUAAAGCUUGCAGCAGUGUAUAUGUAUUCUGUUAUGAUGAACCCAGUGAUUACCACAAUGUAGGAAGUCAAAAGCAAUUUUUUAUGGAACACUUCGGUAUUGAGCAUUAAAACUUUCAGUAUGUGUUUGCUUGGUAGCUAAUAUGUUGCUGUAAAAAGAUGAGCGUUUUGCAAGUGUAAAAUAGUAGAUCACUUGAACUUACUACUUGGUUACCAACAUCUUGCAUGAGAAGAUAGUCUUGUGAAAACCUAGUUUGGGAAAGAGCUUUAUGUAUAGGGAUCAUCUAACUUAAUGUUUAUUCCCUUUUGUAACAGGUCAGUUAUGAAAUGUGAAUCUAGUGAUGAGAUGACUUAAUCCUAAGGAUCUGUUAAACACCUUGUAAGCAGUUACUUAAUAAAAGUUUGAAAAGUGCAUAUUGGUGGUUUCUUCUAUAUCAGAUUCACAAAAAAGCCUAUGUCACUGCUGUUUCAUGAACUGGUACUAUUUUGACAUGCAUGGAACAUGUAACUCCAUAUGGAACUAAAGGUCAGUGGCUACAUCCACAACUUAGAAAUACAUGUUUUUACAUGUGUAUCUCAUAUCUCUCUUCAGAGAAAGAUGGAACCCUGUGUUGCUUCUAGUUUAAUGUUUUUGCCUUUGACAGACAAAACUAUUCUGCUGUUUCUUCUUGUGGAAAAGUUUGCUUUAGAACAAGCUUGGUGGCUCAUGUCCAAAAGGGUUUCUGAGACUUGUAGAAGCUCUAGAGGGUAAGCAGCCAUUACCAGAUAAAGGAAACUUCCUUAAAGUUGCUUUUUCUUUGAAAAAAAUUUUUUUCAUUUACCAGCCCAGUGUACUACAAAGAUGCAUAUAAUUUUGUCCCAAAGAAAAAUGGCAGGUCUAUUAAAAUACUGUUAUUUUUUCAGACUGUUUUACUGCUACAUAAUAUGCAAAAAAGUAAAAGAUCUUAAUUGUGUACUUGGAAGUGAGCUGAAGGGAUGGUAUACCUAAACUGGAAUUCACAAGCAGUGGAUGUCUUUAGGCUGGAAGUCUGUGAUUCAGAGUUACAAUAUAAUGGAGAGCAUGACUCCUUUUCCUGACAAGACUCCUUGAGGCCUUGUGCAUCCAUUCUGAAUUUUAGAUAAGAAAUUGAGGGUGCUUUUGGUUAAUGGCCACAACAAAUGCAAGUGAACUGUAGCUUUUGAAGGAAGCUGUACAGCUGAUCUGUUUCUGUAAAAAGGAAAUACUGUUACUGGCCACUUGUGAAGGGAACUUGGCUUAGCUUUGUUUAAAGGACUGCUUAGAUCACUGGAUGUGUUUUGCUUUGUCUCCCAGCUUAUGCCUUUUGAGUUGGCAGGGGGCAGCAGAGGUAGUUCUGUAACUGUCUAAAGAGCUGUUCUGGCCCUGUUCUUAAUCACUUGCACUGAAAGCAAGACAAAAAGGUGUGGUUCUAGAUUGGAGUUAUUGUAGUGUUAUGUCUCAUUUUGCUGCUGGGAAGCUUUAAGUGUUCAAAUUGCUCAACAUCUUCCUUUAGAAGCACCACAUGAAAAACUGAACAUGGUAAAAUUUAAUCUUUAGAGGAGUUGAAGGUACAACUUGUCACACCUGACUAAAGGCUGUAAGUUGAGGUGGGUGCAAAGUAAAGCUGCAGCAAUCUCAGGCUUGCAUUUUAUUUGUAGCAUGGGAAGUAAUGAUCAGAAUAGCACUUUAGUACCUAUUACAAGUUAUCAAA